CCCCCCCUCUCUCUCUCUCACAGUACUAUCCUCAACAAAACCUAGCUCUCUAUCAAUUUAUCAAUUCCGGUUAAGCUCACUUGCACAAGUACACAAACAUAUCGUGAUUGAUUCAAGGCGUAUCGCAGAUCGAGCUGCGGCGAUCGAACGGCGACGAUCGAAGGUCUCCCACACUUCCAUACGGCGCUUAAACACACAAUCUCGAUCAGAUUGAUGCCGGUUGAAGGCAAUUGAAGAACGCGGAGCUGAUUGAGUUUGAAAAGUUUGGAUCUUUUGUAAAAGUAGUGUGGUUUGCUUUGGUCUGAUUUUGAAUUGUAUUUUGUAGUUCAGUUCAAGGGGCUUUUGAAUUGAAGGCCUUUUUGAAUAUUCGCGAUUGUUUGUAUUGACUUUUUUGUGAAAAGAAGAGCUGUUAUGGCAGUUUAUUAUAAGUUUAAGAGUGCUAAAGAUUACGAUUCUGUUUCGUUGGACGGUCAUUUCAUCACGGUUGCCAAUUUGAAAGAUAAAAUUUUCGAAAACAAGCAUUUGGGCACUGGGACUGAUUUUGACCUUGUUAUCAGCAAUGCACAAACAAAUGAAGAGUAUGUCGAUGAAGGAAUGUUGAUUCCAAAAAAUACAUCUGUUUUGAUUCGUCGCGUCCCUGGACGGCCGCGCAUGCCUAUAGUUGCAGCACCACCAGUUAUUGACCAACAAGAACCGGAAGUUGAGUUUAAGGCCGGGAAUCUUCAAGGAGCCAACAGCACCUUCUUUGGAGCCAAUCCAUCUGUUACAAACUAUCCUGAAGAUUCAGAAUGGGAUGAAUUCGGUAGUGAUCUGUAUGCAAUACCUGAAGUAUUGCAUGUCCAAUCAAGCAAUCAAGUUCAGAAGGCUCCCCCUCCCAGCAAAUCUGACGAAGACAGCAAAAUUCAAGCCUUAAUAGAUAAUCCGGCUUUGGACUGGCAACAUCAGAUUGUGGAAGGCUCUGGAAAUGCUAGAGGAUAUGGAAGGGGCAUGGGAGGUAGAAUGGGUGGACGUGGUUUUGGUCGCGGAGCUGGAUUGGAGCGUAAAACACUGCCACCAGGCUAUGUAUGCCACAGGUGCAAGGUCCCUGGGCAUUUUAUUCAGCACUGUCCUACAAAUGGAGACCCAACUUUUGACAUCAGAAAAGUGAAACCUCCUACCGGUAUCCCAAAAUCUAUGUUAGUGCCUACGCCAGAUGGUUCGUAUGCUUUACCAAGCGGCGCUGUUGCUGUUCUUAAACCCAAUGAGGCUGUGUUCGAGAAGGAGAUAAAAGGAAUGCCGUCAACUCGUUCGGUUGGCGAUUUUCCACCAGAACUGUACUGCCCUUUGUGUAGAGAAGUUAUGAAAGACGCAGUCUUAACUGGCAAGUGCUGUUUCAGGAGUUUCUGUGACAAAUGUAUCAGAGAUAACAUCAUCUCUAAGUCGAUGUGUGUUUGCGGAGCUCAACAUGUUCUUGCUGAUGAUCUGUUGCCCAACAACACAGUAAGAGAAACAAUAAAUAGAAUUCUAGAGGCCAAUAACAGCGGCGGAGAUAAUAAAGGCAGUGCUUUCCAUAUACAAGAUAUGAAAUCUGCUCGUCCGAAGGCAAAGAUACCAUCCCAUGCACUGUCUGCAGCCUCAAAGGGGGAGCAAAUCCUUCCUCAAAUUAAAGACACUACUGGGUCACAAGAUACAACAGAACUGGUGAAAAUUGUGGCUGCUCCGCAACCUCCAGUGAAAAACUCGAAUAUAGCCGGGUCCUCCAGAGUUCCAGAUGUUUUUGAAGCUACAAACAAAUCAAGGAGUGGUAAGGAACCCGCAAUACAGGCAAGUGGUCCAUUAGCUGCUGAAGAGCUUCAGGAGAAGCUGGUUUCUGAACCAGGAAAGAAAAAGAAAAGGAAGAGAACUCGUAUGCCUUCAGACAUGCAGUGGAAUACCUCUCACGAGUUUGCAGCUGAAAAUUACAUGAUGCCUGUGGGACCAGCUUUUAAUCCUUAUUGGAAUGGCAUGCAACCUGGUAUGGAAGGAUUUGGUGGACCUUGUGCUGGUCCGAUGCCUUACAUGGGUUAUGGGCCGAUGCCCAUGGAUGUUCCUUAUGGGGGACAUCUUCCCCAAGAUCCGUAUGGACCACCAGUAAAUAUGAUGCCUUUUCCACCGCAGAGGAACUUUCCCAGAUAUGGGAUGGAAUUCAAUGGCAGACCUGUCAUGAGCAAAGAGGAGUUUGAAGCUCAGAAAGUUAAUCUAAUGCAUGAGAGAGAAAUUGAGAGACUCGGGGAUAGCUGCGAUUUGGCCAGAGAACGAGAAUCCAGAGAAGUCACCAGCAGUAGCAGCGUUCCUUCAAAUGAACUAAAAUCAAAGUCUCCGCGGCCACUCCCUCUUGAUGCUGGCCAGCUACCCGAAUAUCACCAUAGACGAUCCAAAAGACCAAGAUCUCCACAGAGGUAUUCUGAUGACCGACCAGAAAGAUCAAGAUCUCCGCGGAGGUAUUCUCGUGACCAACUGGAAAGAUCAAAAUCUCCGCCUAAAUACUCUCACAGUCCCAAGCUACCACUAAAACACACUCAAGAAGCAGCAGAGCUGACAAGAAGACAAUCCCAAGAUCCAGGGCCACGAAGGCCACCUUCCAAAUCAGAUUCUCACCGCGACCAUGGAAAAAAACAACAUUACCAUGACGUCUACUACCACCAUCAAGAAGAUAGUGACGUCCACAAAUCGAGGUCACUGUCAUCCAAACCCCCGGUCCACCACCAAGCUAGCUUUGAACCACCACCAAAGUUUAGCAGCACAGGUGUCAAAGACAAGAAGAGUGUCUCCGCUGACAUCACUUGCCCUGAGCAUGAGGCAGCAGACAAGAAGCAAAAAACCGUGACCUCUUCUUCUGCACAUGAUGAAGAUCAUCAUAGAAGCCGGACAACAAAUGCGGCACCAAAGAAUAUCAGUAGCAGCACCGGUAGCGAUCAUGUACAAGAGCGCUAUCAGUACGAUGAAUCAAGUGAAGAUGAAGAAGAUGAUCGCCACUUCAAGAGGCGGCCAUCAAGGUAUGUCGCGGUAGAGAAGGAGAAGCAUUCCAGCAAAGGAUCCAAAGGAAGGGAAAAGGGGAGUCAUGGUAGCCAUAGUCACAAGUAGAGAGCAAUGAGGAAGGUGGCGCGUGCCAAACGGAGGAGUGUAGUGGAGCUUGUUGUUCAUUAUGAGAGAAUAUCAUAUGUACAGGUACUAAGAGAUUGUAAUACUUGCGAAUAUUUUUUUCGUUUCUUUUUUUAAUUGUGGGAUUGGAUCCUUUUUGGUAUUUAAUUUCAGAAUAUCAUAUGUACAGGUACUAAGAAAUUGUAAUACUUGCGAAUAUUUUUUUCGUUUCUUUUUCUAAUUGUGGGAUUGAAUCCUUUUCGGUAUUUAA